UGAAUCGCUAGAGGGCGUCAGAGGACAGUGCUAAGACAAAAUAUUUGUUUUAAGAUUAAACAAUAAGAGGAAAAUCUUAUGAACUAUAAUAAUAAUAAAUGAGUACAUUUGUUUUCGUUUGGCUAAUUUAACAUUUAAAUGUUUUUGCGACGCAUACGAGAUGUAUUUAUAAACGUACUUGACACACUCACAGCAAACAUCAAGAUAUGUAGGACAUUCUGCGAGAUAUUUUGCCCGGAAAUGAAAAUCCGUAGCGUGUGGGAGGCACCACUAGUUUGCGGUGUCUGCGCAGAUACGUGGAGCCUAUGACCAGCAUGAAGGCUUCGCCUCGCGGGUUGCUAUGGUAACUGAUCAAACGCUUAUUGACUCGAGCUCUGCGCGCUUUCUGUGUUGUGUACCGAACGCAGCGGCGCGCCGAGCCUGUCCGCGACGGAAACCUGCAUUCGUACUUUGGAUAUACCUUCGACAUCAAAGGCACAUUUUCACAGAAAACUACCAGAACGAAUCUUAGAGAGGACGGAGGAUUUAAGCAGUCACAGGAAGCUGACCAUCACCACCUCCUCAUGAUGCACAUGAACAGCUUGUUGAACCGAUGGAAUGAGAUCUCCAAGAUGUGUGAGGUGGAAGACACUCCAGAACCGGUCAGUCCAACGCUGCUCAAUGAGUCCACGGACACCUACUGCCAGACCGACUGCUGGCACCCUCUCCGCACCACCGUCCGAAAGCUAGAGUUCUGGGAAGAUUUUAGCGCAGAGCUUAUCGGAACCGGCUUCUUCUCCAAGGUCUACAAGGUGAUGCACGGAACCACGAAGAAGGUGAUGGUAGUGAAGAUCUAUAAGAAUGAUGUGGAUCAGAACAGCAUCGUGAGGGAGAUCAGUCUACUUCAGAAACUCUCCCACCCCAACAUAGUGAGGUACCUGGGGAUCUGUGUCAAGGAGAACAAGCUGUACCCAAUUCUUGAGUAUGUGAGCGGAGGCUGUCUGGAGGAGCUGCUGGCCAGGCAUGACGUCAACCUCUGCUGGAGAGAGAAGAUCGAACUGGGCUGUGAUAUCAGCCGAGGAAUGACCUAUCUCCACUACAAGAACAUCUACCACAGAGAUCUCAACUCUAAGAACUGCCUGAUCAGAGUGACCCCGCGUGGCAGGGAGGCCGUGGUCACUGACUUCGGCCUGGCCAGAGAAGUGGGGGAUCUGCCUGCAAAUGAACCCGACAGGAAGUUGUCUCUGGUGGGGUCGGCCUUCUGGAUGGCGCCUGAAAUGCUUAGAGGAGAGCCGUACGACCGCAAGGUUGAUGUCUUCUCCUUUGGGAUCAUGUUGUGUGAGAUCUUAGCAAGAAUCCCUGCCGACCCAGAAGUGCUGCCCAGGACAAAGGACUAUGGGCUGGAUGUGGAAUCAUUCAGAGAGCUGGUGCAGGGCUGCCCAGAGCGGGUUCUGGAACUCUCCGCCAGCUGUUGUCAGAUGGACGCAUUCAGAAGACCUUCCUUCUCUGAGCUCCUGGAUGAGCUGGAGGACAUCGCUGAGAGCCUAGAGCCACCAGACAACAACCUCACCACAGGGUGAACACACAAAUCCCUGGACUGAAGGAUUUAAGGGACUGCGCUGUGUAAGAGUCUGCAGCGGUGGAGCAUGACUGGCACUCUGUUCUCCCAAGAGAAGAAUAUACAGGGGAAUGUCUGGUAAUUGAGGACAAAACCACUCAACUGAACGUUCGCUCAAUAACCAGUUCUGGACACCUUCCCUGCAGCGUGUGACACUCAAUGAUUACGAGAGGCUGUAUUUUACCUUCUCUAUUUUUUAUUUCAUAUAGAUGAAAGUAAUAUGAUUGCUUGGGGACCAACUUGUCAGCUGAUUUUUUUUUUUUAAAAGACCAAAUUCUCUACGGACCAUUUCCUAUUUUAUGGGUUUCAGGAAAAUAUGAGUUUACUUUUUUUGUAUAAGAAAUGAGUUUGAAAUUAAUAUACAGCAGAGGUUGCGCGAACCCGGAACAAACCAAACCAGAGAAACUAAUUUGUCCUGUAUUUGGUUUCACUUCUUACCUUUUUUUGUUUAUAAAAUCUAGCAUAUUCUAUCAAAAUAAUCGCACACUUUGCUUGUUUGACAUGCACUGUUAAUAUCACAUGUUUAUGCCUUUUUGUACUUGCCAUUUUUCCCCAUGUCUGAUUGAUAGAGCUCUAAAAUGCCCAGUUAAAUAUGGCUGUAGAAUAUGCAUAGAGCUCAACUUUUUAAACAUAGUGUUUUUUCACAAAUACAUAAUGUUACUGAAUAUUAAUUCAGUUCAUUUAGUCGUAAAAGCUGAACAGUCACACAAAAAAUAAUAGUACUGUUUGCUACAGUAAGGGCUGUGGAGUCAGUUUUCUCAGGUCAGGGGUUUAAAAUACGUGAAUAUUCUCAUAUUAGUUGGGUCUUGUACUUUGUCCUUGUACAUAUGUUUGUAUAGUCAUUUCACAUCUAGUCUUUCUAAACCAGAAUCUAUUUUGUUUACUGACUUUAAUUGAACUGCUUGUAUUAUUCCCGACUCUAUUUGUGUAUAUGGUGCUUGGUUACAUUCAGAUAUGUAUAUAUUUAGUUUAUUAGCUACGCCAAUGAAAGCAUACUGAUUAGUUUUCAAGUUUUUGACAUUUACUGUAAUGAGACACAGUUGAGCAAUAUUAUGGAGGACCAAACCUGCAGAAUGAAUGAAUGUAAUAACACCAAAAUAAAGAAAUUAAUUGCCUGGUGAAAACAA